CCCUUUCUAGGAAUAAGUCUUCCUUGGAAACUCAGUCAAGCUGAUAAAGAAUUUGUGUGGUCUCUUUGGAAACAUCUCCAGGUGUCAAAACCAGAUUUACUCGAGAUGUCAGCUUGGUUGUGGAAAGUGUCUAUUUUUUUGUUUGUUUCCAGAGAAAAACAGAAAGCUGAAGUCAAGGACAGAAGCAUUUUAGAGAUUUUGCAUGCCAAAGACAGCAAAAUAGAAUCUCUAGGACAGAGGCUCACAGGACAGUAGCAGGAGAUAAACAGCUUAAUGCAGAGGAAAAGUGCUGUGGAUGAGGAAAAUGCCUGUUUGAAGAAUGAAUUUGGUAACUUGAACCAGAAAUUUAAAGAUAAAAGCCAAGAACUUAAGGACACCGAGGAAUGUGCACAGAAAAAAGAAGAGCAAAACAGACUGGUUAUAAAAAACCUGGAGGAGGAAAAUAAGGGAUUAAAUAUAUGCUGUGCUGACCUGCUAAGUGACCUGGAGAAACUGAGGAAGCAGGGGACACAAUAGAAAAAAGAAAAAUCUGGCAAUGAUACCAGAAUAAAGAAUUUGGAAACUGAUUUAGCAGAGACAAGAGAACAAAUAAAAAGUUUGCACAGUAUAUGCAGUAACUUGUCAUCUCAGGUAGAUGUGAAACAGGAAGAACUUUUCCAAAAGGAUUUUGAUGUGGUCAGAGCUAAGAAGCAGUUAGAGGAGCUAUGGAAUCUUUAUAGACAAAACACUGAAGAUAGAACACAGCAGGCUGAGCUGAUAAAGCAGCUAGAGGCUCUCAAUGCUGAUACACAAAAAGUACUGCAAGACCGAGAAUGUGCUCACACAGCUAAAACAACAUAUCAAAAAGUAUUUCAACAGUCUUCUUUAAGUGAGCUAGAGAGCAAUAUUACAGUGCAAGAAUCUGAAAUGGAGCUUUUACAGAAAAAAUUGAAGAAAACAGAUCUUAACCUAGCAGAGCACAAUUUGUACACUACAGAUACUCUGGAAAGCAACCAUAUAAGGACUGGAAGAAAGCACGAGGAACCACCUGUGAAAUGUUCAAGGUCUCUGUCCCCAAAGAGCUCUUCUAGAGAGUCAGAGGAACUAAAGAAGCUUAAAAUACUAAGAGCAGCCUAUGGAAAACACGAAGAAAGGCUGCAGAUAUUAGAGACCAACUACAGAGCGCUAAAAGAACAAUUACAGCAGUGGGAAGAGGGCAAUAGCAUAUUUAAUGUUGUCAGAAUCCUUGAAAAUAGUAAAAGCAGAAACCAGCAUACUGGCUUCUGUCAGCUUUGUCAAGAGGAUCCUGAUGUGAUGUGGAAUGAACUGGCUUUUUUCAAAAGGCACAAAAGGCACAAAAACCUGCUGAUUGAGAAACUCAAUCAUGAGGAAGAAUUGCAUCAGAUGAAAAUACACCAAUCUGUGAAGCCACUUUUUAAACUUAGUGAAGAUGAUGGGGUCAAGGGUAAUACUCCAAAGAGGUAUAUGAGAGAAGUUUCACAUGAGAUGUUACAGAAGGUACAAGAACUAGAAAGAAGAUUCACAGCUAUUGAAGGGGAAUUAAAGAAACAGAAAGAAGUAAAUAAAGACUUACUAAAUGAGAAAAUAUAUUUGAAAGAAACUUUAAAAGUGCAAAAGGAAGAUGCAGACACAAGAAAAAGAGAGCUGGAAACACUACUUAAGAGGAUUUGUGAGGUAAAAAAAGAAAAAGCAGAACUUCAGUUCAUGAUUGAUGAGAAGGAAAAAGAAGCUGCCUCUUUGAAGAGGCAAGUGACAGAAGCUAACAGGUUGAGAAAUGAAAGUGAAGAUUUGCUGAGUCAAGUGCAGGAGCAGAAGUGUUUGCUAGAUAAAGCCAAAGCAGUGGCAAUUUCUGGGCAAUGUAACUGCAAGAUAACAGGCACCAAGGUUAAAUUACAAACAGCCAAGAAAAAGAGCUCUUUGGGACAUCAUGGAGCUUUUCUCAAACAGUCCAUCAAGGUUAUGAGUAAUGUGUUUGAGAACUUCAGUAAGGACGGUUGGGAGGAUGUGAGUGAAAGCAGUGACUCUGAAAUACCAACUUCUGAAAGUUUAGAAACAGUGAUUAUGAAGAUAGUGCAAAACAUUGAUCCACUGCCAGACAGAAGUAAACAAGAAGAAAAAAAAAACAAACCGGGCUACUCUGUUACACUACUGCAGGAAAAAAUUAAGCCACCGCAGAAGCAGGUAGCUGAAAAAAAGAGUAAAAAGAUAGCAGUGGCCUCCAUUAAAAAUGUUAUGAAUGAAAAAUUAACAAGUCAGCUACAUUUGGCUGAUCAGAGACUUCAAGUUAAUAAACUGACGAUAGAGAUUUUGACCUCCCACCUGGCCAAGUGGCAACAGGAGAAGGAAGAUUUAGAAGAAAAAUUAAAGUUGAGAGAACAUCUGUCUCAAACUGCUGGCAAGAGUGAAGCCACACCAACUCCUUCAAAGAACAUUGAUUUAGAGAUGAAACAGCUGCAGUGCAAACUAAAGAAUUCGAACACUUAGAUCGCUAAGCAAUCGACCACCAUUAAUUCACUAAAAAAACUAGUCCAGGAUGCGGAAAAAGAAUGGAUUCAGGAACUACAGGCGAAAAUUUCUCAGUUGGAGAGGGAUGUUACUAUGAAAAGACAUUUGAUAGAAGACUUAAGGUCUUGCCUAAAAGCAAAUCAAGAAAAUGAGAAAACCUCAAAUGAAACAUUGGAAAGUCUUGAGAGAAAGGUGAAGGCACUGGCUGGAGACAAAAAAGCUUCCACUGACUCAAUGAAACAAAGGGUUAAUGUAGCUAUGAAAGAGAAGUCCCAGUAUGAGCAGAUGUAUCACAAAGCUAAAGAUGAUUUGGAGAAGAAGGAUCUCAAGAUCACUAAACUAGAGAGAAAAAUGAUUGAGACUGAAUGUGCUACUUCUGAGCUUGAAACUGCUGCAUCUCAACAACUACAUGGCUUAGCUAAACAGAGUACACAGGCUUUGGAAGCUCUACAGAAGGAGCUGCUGCUUACCAGUGACAAAGUAGAAGAGUUCAAGACAUUUGUGAAGACUCUAACUGGAGAGUUACAUCACAGUGUACAAGAGCUGAGAACAAAAAUCAAACCGGCAAAAAAACAGGAGAUGAAAGCAUGCAAAAAGGGUCUUUCCCAAGAGAGUCUUCAGUUAGCAGCAUCUAUCCUUAAUGUUUCAACAACUGAUCUUUAUGAAGUAUUACAAGAAUGAGAUGAUGAGGAAACAGCAGAAACAAAAAUGGAAUUUGAAAAAGAUAAAGAAUGGCUACAGCAUAUACAGAAACUUCUUGAAGCACAGUUUUCUUUUGCCUCAUACUUAAUGGAUGCUGUACUGGAAAAAUUAAAUGAGAAGAAGAAAUUGGUAGAAGAGUACAGUUCCCUCAUGAAGCACACUGUAUGUUAUUGCUAAGAUUUAUAUUUGCAAAGUGUGACUAAAAUGUGUGCUGUUUCCUCAUGUCUUUCCUCUUCUCAUAAAGAACUGUCAAUAUGCAUGUUCAAUACAUACACAGAAACCAUGAACUAAUUAAUUGUUGAACAAGAGGAAUUAAUUAAAUUCCUAUUAGAAAGCAGUGUGGUAUUUGAUUCCUGAAGAGAAAAAUUGCUGCAAAUCAAUGCAAAGCUCAAAAUUAUUUUCCUUUAAAUGCAAUGGCAGUGAACACAUAUGCAGGCUUUGUGGAGAGAGGAUGUAUUUGUUAUGACUAAUACACCUCUAUACAAUUUUGAAAGAGCAAAAAGGAGCCAAGUAACACCUGAUUGUACUAAUCAGAACAGUAGGAGUAGGAUUUACAAAGGAACUGGGAAUAUCACUGAGAUUUUUGAACACCUAAUUUCUUUUAGCUUCUUUGUAAAACCCAGCUUUAUGAUAUAUGCUACAUAAAAAGAUAUGCUUUUAUGUUAGAAAAAAUGAAUCAUUGUAAAAUAAAAAUAUUCUGUGUGGAGUAAUACAGGAAAAGCUGUACUUUCCUCUGAGCAUAUUGGAGCAUAAU